UUGAUUUGACGCAUUAACCUAUGGGCUGUCCCUGCGAGUAGGGGGGGGGUGGGUAGGUAAACAAGAUGGCGACAACCUGAGAAGCAAGAGUAACACGAAGAGUCAGGGGAAACAAUAUAUCACUGAGAUUUUGUCAGACUAAAGUUAAAUAAUUUAUUCAUUGGGGACGGACUCACAACAGAGGACAAACCUUGCAGCGAAAAGGAGGUUCAUUUGGAUCUAGGCACCGGGCAGUAAAAACCGCGGUGACAUGGAGGACACCUGAGGACAGUCCAACACAUUGGACAUUGGAGUCGAUCUCCAGGAGCCCCACUGAUAGCAGAGAUUGGACUGAUACUGCUGCAUGCUCUGGCUGUAGAUCUGUGCUUGGAUCCAAUCCAGCUAUAAACACUUAUGUACCCUGAGAAAACUCUGAUAUCCAGCAUGGACCCUUGACAGAAAUGCCGUGCUGCGUGGCCUUGAAUCAAGACUGGUUGCCUCUGCUUAAGACUGUAUGGUAUUAAUUCUGAGGUGAUUGGUGAAAGAGAAGAAAAACGUUGUAGUAUCGCUUUUUUUUCCAGUUUUCUGUUCAACCGCACUUGUUGUAGAUGUAGUUAAAAUGCACAGUAUAAAGCACUAACUCUGUACUGGACUCCAAGGGUUUUUUGCCCCUUUUUGCCCCUCUUGAGUGAAAAAGUUUACAAAUUGGGCCUGAUCACCCACCUCCUCCCCUUAACUCUCAGGCCUGAUUACUCCCUCUCCAAUGUUCAGUAUUUUGUAACUCAUCCUGCAGAAUUAAAAUACUCACCUCCGUGCUGAAAGGUUACCAGUGGGUUACUUCACAGCAGCAAACAGUUUCCUUCCCUGGAAGUACAAGCUGUCAAUCAUGAGUGCCAGCGAGUUGCCUCACCUGUCUGACUAUCUAAAUGAAAAUGAACUGAUGGAGAUGGAUACUUUUAUUCACCGCAUUGACUCUACAGAGGUGAUCUACCAGCCUCGGAGGAAGAGGGCAAAGCUGAUAGGAAAGUACUUGAUGGGGGAUCUACUCGGGGAAGGAUCUUAUGGCAAGGUGAAAGAAAUGCUGGACUCAGAGACUCUUUGUCGUAGGGCUGUCAAGAUACUGAAGAAGAAGAAGCUUAGGAGGAUUCCCAAUGGAGAAGCCAAUGUGAAAAAGGAGAUUCAGCUGCUAAGAAGACUCCAACACAAGAAUGUGAUUCAGUUGGUGGACGUUCUUUACAAUGAAGAGAAGCAGAAAAUGUAUAUGGUGAUGGAGUAUUGCGUUUGUGGGAUGCAAGAAAUGCUGGAUAGCGUCCCAGAGAAAAGGUUUCCAGUAUUUCAAGCUCACGGGUACUUUUGCCAACUCUUAGAUGGCCUUGAAUAUUUGCACAGCCAGGGAAUAGUUCACAAAGACAUUAAACCAGGGAAUCUGCUGCUGACCACAGAUGGCUCGCUUAAAAUCUCCGACCUGGGAGUAGCAGAGGCCCUUCACCCAUUUGCAGAGGAUGACACGUGUCGUACUAGUCAGGGCUCUCCAGCCUUUCAGCCUCCAGAAAUUGCCAAUGGACUAGACACCUUUUCAGGGUUUAAAGUGGACAUUUGGUCUGCUGGAGUAACACUAUAUAACAUUACAACAAGUCUGUAUCCAUUUGAGGGGGACAACAUCUAUAAGCUAUUUGAGAACAUUGGAAAAGGAGAGUACACUAUUCCUGAGGAGUGUGGACCUCUCCUGUCGGACCUGCUGCGAGGUUGGUGUUGUUCGAAGCCAAAGUGUUUAUAUUUUCUGCAUGAAUUUUGGCAUUUUGUUUUGCCAAUUCAGUGGUCUGUCGCCUCCUUUGCAAAUGCUGAACAGCACCUGAGAGAUGACGAGCUCUAUGAUGGGGAGGAUGAGAUCAUAUACACUCAGGACUUCACAGUGCCAGGACAAGUGGCCGAAGAAGAUCAGGAUCAGGGGAACGCAGACCACAGUCCAGCUGUAGCCAAGCCAGUUUGUGUGAAUGGGACAGAAGGGGGGUCUCUGAACAGCAAGGCCAAAGCCGAACGCCGAUCCUCAUCCUCGUCCAACCCCUCACGUAAAGGAGUCUCCACAGCCAGCAAAAUCCGCAAGCUCUCCACCUGCAAACAGCAAUGACCCUUCUCCCCCUUUCUGCCUCAGCAGCAACCCACCUGGGUGAUCUGUCCUCGUUCUCCUGUGUCCAGAGUCCUCACAGUUGUGAGAGAAACCUGCUGACAUUAAGCCCCCCCAACACCUUCACCUGCCCCCCUCCCCAAACCUCCUUGGACCACUGGCCUCCAGAGUCGUUUGAAGAUGCGGUAUUAGCGACGAGGAGGAGGAGGACAGCAUGAAAUGUUCUUUCUGCUCUGAGACUGAGGCUGUGAAGACGGUGUUUAUUUUCUCCAAAAUUUUGGGCUCCUUUUCAACUAAACUCAUCCAGUUCUCUCUUAUCAUUUUCCCCCUCCCAACCCUCCCCCCUCCUCUCCAAUCUUGUCAUCCUCCUCAGAGAGCCAAGUGUUGCACCGGACGUUACAGACUCCACCACCCACCUACCCACUCCUCCUCUCCACCCACCCCACCCAUCCCUCCUUAACCCACCUUGUUUCUUUGAUUACCUUUUGUUUUUACAGAACCCUAAUGGCAGUUUUUAAAACACAUUGUGAUGUGUAAAAAAAAAUUAAAGAGGAAAAAAAACCCACACAUGUUAUGAAUAAUUCUAUAUUUAAACCUCUGCUGAGCAUAAUUAUGAUAGUGCUACCACCGACAUAGAAACUGCAUGCUAUACAGAGCUGGAAGAGAGGGAAAGCUCUUGGUUUUAUGUGGAUGCACUGACGGACUGAAGCCUUGAGAUUUGUAUUUUUUC